AUGAACUGGAUCUGUGAUAACCAGCAGGUCAUCAACGACAUCUUGUUCUACUCGCAGAAUAUUGGCGUGGCGCUCGGCUUACUCUUCGGUUACAUAGGUGACGCGUACGGCCGGCGUCCGCAGCAGUUCCUGUGCCUGGUCGCCCACGUGGCCAGCAGGCUGCUGAUCGUCCUCGCUCCAGACGUCCUGGUACUCUUCAUCCUGGCCGAGUCUCUGGUGUCAGCCGUCGCUGGACCUAUGCUAGAAUCUGCCUUGGCCGUUGGGCUGGAACUAACUGACGUGAGAUACCGGACUACAGUGAACCGCUAUGCAUCAUGCAGCAUGGCCACCGGAAUGAUGGCGACCGGUUUGGUGGCAUGGGUUAUGCCUGACUGGACCUACUGUCUGUCGUUCGCUACUGUCAGCUGCCUUGCAUUGCUGCUUUUUUUCAGCUGGUUUCCCGAGUCACCACGCUGGCUGGCAUGCAGAGGCCGCCAGCAGGAGACGAUGCGACUGUUGCGCCGCAUCGCGGCCACCAACGGCACUACAGUACCUCCGCUCGCCUUGUCUGUGGUUCGGACCUUGGGCAAGAGCAAGACAGACAGGAGGGGAUUCCUGAGCCUCUUCUCCAGCCGGAAUGUCUUCAAGAAUUCUGUGCUGCUGAUCAUCGCAAGGUCGGUGUACCUGCUCACCAUGUUCUCUCCAGUGCUGGCUGUGAGCAGUCUGAGCGUGAACCCAUUCCUGACAGUGGCCGCGCAGGGUGGCGCGCAGUUCGUCUCCUACUGUGUGGCGAACUUCUGCGCAUCCCGCAUCGGUCGACGAUGGUCUGGUGUAGCCGCUCCAUUACUGGCGGCAAUUGCAAGUGGAGUCAUCUUCUGUAUGCUAACUGUGGACAUCGCUGGUCCAGCCCUCGUGGCGAUGAUAAUGGUGAUGCAGUUUAGCACAACAAUCAGCUUCAGUGUUGCCAACCUGCAGAGCGUCGAGGUACACCCAACAUGCCUGCGCCAGAUAGCGGCCUGCGUCGAAUGGGCCAUCGCCGGAGUUGCCAUGUCUGCGCUGCCCUACUUGGCCCUCAUGGUAACUGGCAUCAAGUUGAAGAACUGUGGCACAGAAAUUGGCAACAUGCUGUGA